UGCUAAAAUUUCAGUAGAGAACCAACCGGACUGAAGCCUCGUAGCCUGUCUGAAGCUAACAUUUCUGAAUUCUGAUGGACAGAACUUUGGUUUUGGAUCCAAUAGGGAAACCACCUCAGUUUCUUCGGAGGUCGAAAGCUGAGCAAUACUUCUCCCUGCUACUGCGACAAAACCCCAGGCUCAAACUGCACGAGCUCAAGCAAGUCCACGCUCAACUCAUACGCAGAGACCUCCACCAUGACAAUAUUCUUAUUACAAAACUAAUCUCUCUCUGUUCGGAUUCCGGAACCAUGGACUAUGCAGGUUGUCUCUUCAACUAUGUUGAAGAACCUGAUCUCAUCCUCUGUAAUUCCAUACUAAGAGGUUAUACCAGAAACGGUCACUUUGAGCUAGCUAUCCUCUUCUAUAUUCGAUUUAUUCUGAGGGAAUUCAUUCCGGACAACUUCACCUUCCCUUAUGUCCUCAAGGCUUGCGCUGCCAUGUGCUCCACCCACCUUGGACAGCAAAUUCAUGGCUACCUGAUUAAGAACAGUACUGUUUCUCAAGAUAUUUUUGUGUUAAAUUCACUUCUGGAUAUGUACUUUAAAUGUCAUCAGAAUGAAGCUGCAAUGCUAGUUUUCAAGCAAAUUGCUGAGCCCAAUUUGACUUCUUGGAAUAUCAUGUUAUUAAGAUUUGUGAGUUCAGGCGAUUUGAAUUCAGCCCAAAAGAUGUUUGAUGAAAUGCCUCAAAGAGAUGCCAUUUCUUGGAAUACAAUGAUUAGUGCUUAUGCAAAAUCAGGGCAGUUAGAAAUUGCUAAGAAUCUAUUUGAUGAGAUGCCCGAAAGAAAUUUAGUUUCGUGGAAUGCUUUGAUUGCUGGAUAUUCUAAAAAUAAUAAGAAUGUUGAAGCUUUGUCAAUAUUUUCCCAAAUGUUGAAGUGUGGAAUCAGACCUGACAAUGCCACAAUACUGUCGGUAAUAUCCGCUGUCUUUGAGGCUGCCUCACCAGACUCAGAUGCUGUGGAACAGAUCAUCGCUUUUGCAAAGUCAGCUAAUUCCCUCUCUGUUUCAACAGGACUCUUAAGUCUUUAUGCUAAGCUUGGGAGAAUGGACGAUGCUAGGAAAGUGUUUGAUGAGAUUCCGGAGAAAGAUCUUGUGACAUGGAAUGCGAUGAUUGCAGGGUACUCCCAGAAUCAAAGACCAAUGGAGGCAAUUAAGCUGUUUCGAGAGAUGCAAUCAGAGCGUAGGAUAGGUGUUAAACCUGAUCAAGUAACAAUGGUUAGCGUGAUUGCUUCUUGUUCUCAGAUUGGUACUUUGGAGCUUGGGGAGUGGGUACAUGCUUACAUAAAGAAGAAUGAGAUCAUGUUGGAUGUUUUCUUGGCUACUUCUCUUAUUGACAUGUAUGCCAAAUGUGGAGACGUUAAUCGAUCUCGUCACUUGUUUCAGGAAAUGCCUACAAGGGACUUGGCUGCUUGGAAUGCAAUGAUCAAGGGACUGGCUAUACAUGGGCAGGGGAAAGAAGCUCUUGAGAUCUUUUCCCUGAUGAAAAGGGAUGGGGUAUUACCCAAUGAUAUUACCUUUGUAGGCUUGCUUAGUGCAUGUAGUCAUGGAGGCUUGGCAGCCGAGGGUUUAGAGGUGUUCAAUUUGAUGCAAAAUCAAUGCAACAUUGUUCCACAAGUUGAGCAUUACGGUUGUGUUGUUGACCUACUUGGUCGUGCAGGACAGUUAACUGAUGCUUAUGAGUUUAUAAAACGCAUGCCUGUCCAGCCUGACAGGGUUGUCUGGGGGGCAUUGCUAUGUGCAUGUCAAUCCCACCAAAAUGUUGAAUUGGCUGAAGAAGCAGCUAAUAGGCUUAUUGAGUUGGACCCCAGCCAUGAUGGUAAUUAUGUUCUUUUGUCCAAUGUGUAUGCCUCAGUGAGGAAAUGGAGAGACGUUGCAAAAGUGAGAGCUUGGAUGAAGGCCAAUCAUGUGCAGAAGACUCCUGGAUGUAGUGCUGUUGAACUUGGUGGUGCUUUACAUGAAUUUAGUGCUGGGGAUAGGUCACACCCAAGAUCUGUAGAGAUUUAUGCUGCUUGGGACGAGCUCGUGAAGCGGAUCAAGUCAAUGGGGUAUGAACCCGACACGGGGGUCUUAUUGAGGAACUUGAAUGAGGAGGAUGGAGAGCAAGCCUUAUAUUGUCACAGCGAAAAAUUGGCGUUAACAUUUGCACUAAUUACUUCAGAACCUGAAUCACCAAUCAAAAUUGUGAAGAACUUAAGGAUAUGUGGGGAUUGUCAUAGAGCCAUCGAACUGGUGUCCAAACUUGAAAAUAGAGAAAUAACUGUGAGAGAUCGUAACCGUUUUCAUCAUUUUAAAGCUGGGUUUUGUUCUUGCGGAGGCUACUGGUGAACCAUGUAAUUGCUGUCGUGAGCUUAAAAAUGGAGAAUUAGCUGUGGGGGAUUAAUGGAAUCCACCAAGUGAUAGCCCAGUUAAAUUAAAUCUUGAUGCCAGUGGUUUUGGAAAUCCAAAAACCAGCAGGAAUGGAGUGUUUAGAGACCAUUUGGGUAAUAUCCUUAUGUUAUUUCCAGGUCCCAUUGG